ACUAAAAAUUCAAACCUACUUACAUAUGGCUCUCCCUUCCCAUCUAAUGCUUCCGUCUACCGUAUUCUUCGUCCUCUUAUAUUUCAACUCCAUUCUUCUUGCAGUAGACUCGGCCACUACUCUAAGUAUUGUUACAGACAAGGAAGCCUUACUCUCAUUCAAGUCUGCCUUGAGUCUUGAGCCUCCCAACCCUCUGUCUUCUUGGGACCAAAACUCAUCAUCUCCCUGCAACUGGACUGGAGUUGUCUGCAACAAGCCUGCCCGCAGAGUGGUUGGCCUUCAUCUUUCAGGUUUUGGACUAAAAGGGCCCAUCACCCCUCAUAUCGGCAAUCUCUCCUUCCUCCGUUCCCUUCAACUCCAAAACAACCAAUUUGCUGGAAAGCUUCCUAAUCAAAUCGGCAAUCUUUUCCGUUUGAGAGUUCUUAACAUGAGCUUCAAUCGCAUAGAAGGUGUGCUGCCCUCAAAUAUAAGUAAACUCACUGAGCUCCAGAUCCUUGACUUGGCCGAAAACAAGAAUAUUACAGGCAGAAUUCCUGAAGAGCUUGGCUUCUUGACGAAGCUCCAAGUCUUGAAGCUAGAAAGAAACAGCCUCUAUGGUGCAAUUCCGCCGGCCAUAGGUAACCUUUCCUCACUCACCAUUUUAAAUUUAGGUACCAACAAUCUCAGUGGCAUCAUACCUAGUGACUUUGGCCGCCUUCAGAACUUGAAGGUACUUGAUCUUACCAAUAACCAUUUGUCUGGCACCAUUCCUCCAUCAGUAUACAACAUAUCUUCCUUUGUUUGGUUGGCCUUAGCUUCAAACCAACUAUUGGGUGAGAUUCCCGGAGAUAUUGGGAAUAAACUCCCGAACCUUCUAGUCUUCAUUUUCUGCUUUAAUAAAUUCACAGGAAGGAUUCCAUGGUCUUUGCACAAUCUCACCAAUAUUCGAGUCAUUCGCAUGGCGCACAACCAUCUAGAAGGAACAGUACCCCCAGGCCUGGGAAAUCUCCCAUUACUUCAGAUGUAUAAUAUCGGUUCUAAUAAGAUUGUUAGUUCCGGUGAGGAUGGUCUCAGCUUCAUUACUUCUUUGACAAAUAGCACUCUACUCAACCAUCUUAAAAUUGAUGAAAAUCAUUUGGAGGGUGUGAUUCCAGAAUCAAUAGGCAAUCUUUCAAAGGUUCUCUCAAAGUUAUACAUGGGAGGAAAUCGUAUUUACGGUAACAUACCCGCCUCCAUUAGUCAUCUUACUGGCCUAGCUUUGCUAAAUUUGAGCGAUAAUUUGAUUUCAGGUGAAAUCCCACCUGAAAUAGGCUGGUUGGAGGAACUGCAGAUGUUGGGCUUGGCCAAAAAUCGGAUCUCUGGCAGUAUUCCAAAUUCCCUUGGUAAUCUCCAAAAGCUAAAUCAGAUUGAUCUAUCAGGAAACAGUUUGGUGGGUAAAAUACCCACUACUUUUGGAAACUUCAGGAGUCUUCUUUCCAUGGACUUAUCUAACAACAGGUUCAAUGGGAGCAUACCCAUAGAAAUUCUAAGUCUCCCUAGUUUGAGCACUGUUUUUAAUCUGUCCAAUAACUUUCUGAGUGGACCUCUCCCUCCAGAAAUUGCUCUGGGAAGUGUUGUUACCAUUGAUCUCUCUGACAACCGUUUGUCUGGUAAUAUUCCGAGGUCAAUCGGAAACUGUAAGAGCUUGGAGGAAUUAUUCUUGGUCAGGAAUAUACUUUCAGGCCCGAUUCCGAAUACUCUAGGAGAAUUGAAAGGCUUGGACGCUCUAGAUCUCUCCUCCAACCAACUUUCUGGCUCCAUUCCUGCUGAACUCCAAAACCUAAAAGCCCUUCAGUUCUUGAACCUAUCUUUCAAUAAUUUGGAAGGGGUAGUUCCCAGCGGUGGAAUUUUUAGAAAUCUCUCUCAAGUUCAUUUGGAAGGCAACCCAAAGCUUUGCUUGCAUUUGGCAUGUGUCAAUUCUCAAGGUGGUGGAAGAAAGGUAGCCAAAGUUUUACUUAUCCUAGUCCCAUUAGUCCUCUUCUUCAUACUUGGCUUACUGUUCUUAGCGUUCUACAUAAAGAAAAGCACAUCAAAGAUUACAAAAACUUCUCGACUGCUGAAAGGACAUCGUCAAAUGAUCUCAUACAAUGAGCUGCGUAGGGCAACAGGAAACUUCAACCAAGAAAACUUUACUGGGAAAGGUAGCUUUGGGUCAGUGUAUAAAGGCUAUCUAGGGCAAGGAAUUGUUGUGGCAGUUAAGGUCCUUGACACUGAGAGGACGAGUUGUUUGAAGAGUUUUUUGGCAGAGUGCGAGGCUUUGAGGAAUGUUAGGCAUCGGAAUCUUGUUCGACUUAUCACAUCAUGCUCUAGCUUGGACUUCAAGAACAUGGAAUUUCUGGCUCUGGUUUAUGAAUUUCUGAGUAAUGGCAGCUUAGAAGACUGGGUCAAGGGUAAGAAGAAGCACACAAAUGGGGAUGCCUUGAAUGUUGUGGACAGAUUGAAUGUGGCCAUUGACGUUGCUUGUGCAUUGGAUUACUUGCAUCAUGACUGUGAAGUUCCAGUGUUGCAUUGUGAUUUGAAACCCAGCAACAUUCUUUUGGGUGAAGACAUGACAGCAAAGGUGGGAGAUUUCGGCCUGGCCAGCUUGCUGAUAGAAAGAACAAGCAAUCAACCUUCCAUUAGCGCUUCACAUGUUCUGAAGGGAUCCAUCGGUUACAUACCCCCAGAGUAUGGUUUGGGAGAAAAACCGUCAACGGCUGGAGAUGUAUACAGCUUCGGCAUAAUGCUGCUUGAGAUCUUUACUGGGAAGAACCCAACACAUGAGAGCUUCAGUGGAGGCCUAAACCUAACCAAAUGGGUGCAGUCAUCUUUCCCCGCCAACGUGGUGCAAGUACUCGACCCUGAGCUGCUACUGCUUAUGAGCAGCCUUUACCAUGAUGGCCAGCCCAUAAGCCCCGAUCUUCAAUAUGGUUGCCUGAUCACAAUCCUUGGGGUUGGGCUAUCUUGCACCGAGGAAUCUCGUGAUGGCCGCAUUACUAUUAGAACUGCUCUACAUAAACUGGAAUCUGCAAGAGACACUCUUUUCAAACCUGCAAGCUCCCAUCAUGGAUAGUACUAAAAUAUGAAUAAUGUUUGUUAGAAAAAGCUCAGUUGAUGAGAUCAUCUGAGCAAUAAGCUUUCGAUCUCGAGCAGUUCAUGCAAAACUCUAGAUACGGAUACUCUAUAGUUUUCUUUGCUUUUAGUGGGUAGUAAUUUCCUGUUUUAUGCAGUAUACGUAGGUGAAGAACAAGAAAGCACAAUCGCUAGCUAGACUGCUCUCGAUUUCUGUAUGCACGUCUCUUUAUCUCCUAAUCCAUGUAGUACACUGUACACCUCUCAAUAAAUAAUUGGAACAGAGAAGGGAAGAAAAAAUGGGUAUAUUCACCGAUAAAUUACGUUGUAAUGGAUCAGAAAAGAUGCAAAUUACAAUCAAAGAAAGCAAUGCA